AUGAGCUUGCUAUGCUCACUUGUUGCUGUCCAAUUGAUUGUUCCAGUGAGCGCCGCCGGUGAUGAGGCCGCUUUGCUUGCUUUCAAAGCACAGCUCAGCCAUGGGGACUCGCUGGCCUCCUGGAACACCAGCGCCAGCUUCUGUAGCUGGGAAGGCGUGACGUGCCACCGCAGGCCGGCACGGGUGGUGGCGCUGAGAUUGAAUGGCACCGGGAUUGCCGGAGCACUCUCCCCGGCCAUCGGUAACCUCACGUUCCUUCGGAUGCUCGACCUCAGCUUCAACUCGCUCCACGGGGACAUCCCGGCAAGCCUUGGCCGCCUCCGCCGCCUACGGAGCCUUCACUUGUAUGACAACUCGUUCUCAGGCACGUUACCAGCAAACCUGAGCUCGUGUGUCUCCAUGAUUGACAUGAGACUGGACAACAACACGAUUGGCGGGUACAUCCCAACUGAGCUUGGUGAGAAGCUCACGUACCUGGCACGGAUCACACUGAGAAACAACACCUUCACAGGGACCAUCCCCUCUUCGCUGGCCAAUUUGUCCCAUCUACAGUCCCUCGACCUCUCUACUAACCAGCUCGUGGGCUCUAUCCCACCGGCGCUCGGUAGCAUCCAGAGCAUGCGGUAUUUCAAUCUCGCCCGAAACAAUAUCUCUGGUAUGCUCCCACCAUCUCUCUACAACUGGUCAUCACUGGAAUUUUUGUACGUAGGGUUUAAUAUGCUUUACGGAAGCAUUCCGGAUAAUAUCGGGAACAAGUUCCCCAAGAUGAAAGCUCUAAGCUUGUCUUCUAAUAACUUCAUUGGAGUCCUCCCUUCAUCACUAUCCAAUAUGUCUGAUCUCACAAUACUUGAUCUCUGGAAAAAUAAAUUUAGGGGUCAACUAGAGAGGUUGGAACUCGGCAUCAAUUCUUUUCGAGGACAGCUACCUGCUUCAAUUGUGAACCUCUCAACCACUCUCUACGACUUAUACAUAGCAGACAAUAGGGUCUCUGGGGUCAUUCCUACAGACAUAGGAAAUUUGGUCGGUCUCAGAAGGCUUAUAAUAGCAAAUACUUCCAUAUCCGGAGUGAUUCCAGAGAGUGUUGGCAAGCUACAGAACUUGAUAAAUCUAGGCUUGUACAAUAAUAGCUUGGUCGGCCUUAUACCUCCCACGCUAGGAAACCUUUCACGGUUGACUAGGCUUUAUGCAGACAAUGGCAACUUGGAGGGGCCAAUUCCAGCAAGCCUGGGAGAGUUGAAAAACCUCUUUGUACUUGAUUUGUCAAAGAAUUACCAUCUUAACGGUUCAAUACCAAGAGAGAUUUUGAAAUUACAUAGCCUUUCUUGGUAUUUGGACUUGUCAUACAAUUCCCUUUCUGGACUCAUUCCUAGUGAAGUUGGUAGCUUAAUAAACCUUAACCGACUUACUCUAUCAGGGAACCAGUUUUCUGGUAAGAUACCCGACAGUAUUCAAAAUUGCAUAGUGUUGGAAUGGUUAUCAUUAGACAGUAAUUUGUUUGAGGGAAGCAUACCUCGACCAUUGACAUAUAUAAAGGGGCUCAGUAAACUGAACCUGACCAUGAAUAAGUUCUCUGGUAAUAUCCCAGCUGCCCUCGGAAAUAUUAGAAACUUACAGGAACUGUACUUAGCACACAACAACUUAUCAGGGUCAAUCCCAAUAGUUCUACAAAAUUUGACAUCUUUGUCUCAACUGGAUAUAUCCUUCAAUAAUUUGCAAGGGGAGAAGCUCAAACCAAGUCAGAAGAGAUUAGAACAAAAAUCAAUUUUUGAUGACCAUUAUAAGAGAAUCUCAUAUCAUGCAUUAUUGAGGGGAACUAAUGAAUUUUCAGAAGCCAACUUACUUGGGAGAGGAAGUUAUGGUGCGGUCUAUAAGUGUGUUUUGGACAAGGAAGAAAGACCAUUGGCUGUCAAGGUAUUUAAUCUUGGUCAAUCUAGGGAUUCCAAGAGUUUUGAUGCCGAGUGUGAGGCUAUGAGAAGGAUACGACACCGUUGUCUCGUUAAGAUCGUUACUUCUUGUUCGAGCGUCAACCACCAAGGUCACGAAUUCAAGGCAUUGGUUUUUGAGUUCAUGCCAAAUGGUAACUUGGAUUGUUGGCUUCAUACAAAAUCUCAAGAGCCCACUACAAACAACAGGCUCAGCCUCCUCCAAAGGCUUGAUAUUGCUGUUGAUAUCAUGGACGCAGUAGAAUACCUGCACAACUACUGUCAACCAUUGGUGAUCCAUUGCGAUCUUAAGCCAAGCAACAUACUUCUUACCGAAGACAUGAGCGCACGAGUUGGAGACUUUGGCAUUUCAAGGAUCCUUCAAGAAAAUACAAGCGAGGGAAUGCAUACUUCAUAUAGCUCAACUGGAAUUAGAGGUUCCAUAGGCUAUGUUGCUCCAGAGUACGGAGAAGGCUCCAUGGUCUCAACAGCUGGUGAUAUUUAUAGUCUUGGCAUAUUGCUGCUUGAGAUGUUCACCGGGAAGAGCCCAACAGAAGGAACAUUCAGAGAUUUAUUGGAUCUGCAUAAGUUUGUCGAGGAUGCUCUUCCAGAUAGGUCCAUGGAGAUAGCUGACCCAACAAUCUGGCUGCACAACGGAAAGAAUGUUAACACUACCAGUAUUAGAAUGCAGGAGUGCUUGGUUUCAGUCUUCAGGCUUGGCCUCUCAUGCUCAAAGCAACAGCCUCGAGACCGAGCACUGACGAGAGAUGCAGUGGCAGAGAUGCACACUAUUAGAGACGACUACCUCAAGUUUAUAGCGGAGCAUCAAGGACAAUAG